AAGUUGGAGGACUAAUAGUGAAAAUUAUCCCAAAUUUAUAUAAAUUCUCAGCGACCUGAAAUUCUACUCGUCUCCCUAUCGAAAUACUUCACCAUUCACUUGAGGUAAAUUAUGUCCAAAAGAAAGGUGACAGGUCGUAGUCCAUGGCAACGGGAUGAGAAGGAGGCAUCUUACACUCCUCAAGAGUGGGAUUGCAUGAAGUAUAAUUUGAGUGAUUGCAUAAAGUAUUCUGUGGAUAAACCCAUGUUUGCUAUAUAUGAUAAAAACAAGACCUUGGAUAUUUACACCAAAAGAGCUGCAUUGCGUGCUGCUCCGUUCGUUGUCGCGCUUGUAGCUUAUAUAGGUGAAGAGAUGUUGUAUCAGAGUUCUGGAACUAUCAUUGAAAGUGAUGAUGUCAGCAGUGUUAUUCUCACUUCUGCUAAUCUCAUCAGGUGUCCUCAAACAAAAACUGUUGCACCAAAUAACAUUAAGGUUUUUGUGUACCUUAAAGAUGGGAGAUCGUUUCUUGGCAAAGUUUUGACAUUCAACUCUCAUUAUAAUAUUGUUGUCAUAAAAAUUCAAUCAGAUGCUCCUCUACCAAUUGCAUCGCUAAAACUCUUAGAUGAUUCUAUCACGAUUGAUCCGAGUGAGCGUCAUUUCCAUGAAGAAAAAACAUUUCAGCUUUGGCCACAUUCAAAGACACAUAAUCUUAUUCCCGGAGAUAGAUUAUUUGCCCUUGGACGCUAUUUCGUGAAGCCUUAUGACAUCAUGAUUGCUCCUGGUGAAUUUUGUCUUGAUCGUUGUAAUUAUGAGUGCAAGGAGCUUUUUAUGGCGUCUUGUAGAAUCACAAGAUGUGGUAUUGGAGGGCCGCUUAGCAACUGUAAUGGGGAAGUCGUUGGAAUCUGUUUUUAUGAUUGUGCAUGCACUCCUUUCUUGCCAAUCAAUCUAGUAUCUAAGUGGUGGAACCAAUACAAGAAAAAUGGGGUAACCCGUCAGCCUUAUGUUGGAAUUGAAUUGACCAACCUAUAUGUGGCCGAACUAUAUGUUAUGGAGGAAAUCAUUCAAAAAUUUCCCAACAUCUGUAAAGGCGUAUUUGUUGAAGAGGUUAUACCAGGCUCUGUUGCUGAUUUUGUCGGGUUAAGACCAAAAGAUGUUAUAACUAAAUUUGGUGGAAAAACAGUUCAUGGUUUCUUGGAGUUAAUUGAACUUAUGUGGGAUAAGGUUGGGGAUUCAGUGGACCUUGUUGUUCUACGAGCAAGUGAUGGCGCUUCUUUGAAUCUCUGCAUGCCGGUGGAAGAGGUCACACCAGAUAAAUCCUAUAGCUGGCCACUUUGGGAAAAUGCACGGUAAAAUGCCGGAAGAUAGACACACUGCCAGUUAGGACUUAGGAGCACAUAUAAGAUUGCCAUGGCUGAUAGGAGGCUGGAGAAUCAUUUUGAUAGCAGGUCGAAGUGGGAAACAUGUUCAGAUAAUUUUUGCAAGUGCGAAUUCCGACUUGUAUAUUUUGAUAGGAAGCGAGUGGCAAGAGGUGGAUUAAGGCCUGUUGAAAGCAGAUAUUUAUCUAUGAUAUAUAUUCUUAUGAAUGAUAUUUAUAUAUUUGUAUAUAUAAAACUAUUAAAAACCUUGGUUCUAGCGUUUUAAUGUACUCUGUGCAAUGUAUGGUUGAAGUCUAUAGAUUUGGAAAAACCCUUCGCACCUA